GGUGCGGCGGCCGGCGGCGGGGCCUGCUCAGGUGCGGCGGAGCGAAGAAGGAGGAGGCGGCGGCGGCUGGGCAGCGCAGUGCCGCCGGUGCCGCCGCCAUGAGCAGUGCCGAGCCGCCGCUCGGGGCCGGGCCGCGGGCUCAGCCCGCCUGGAAGCGGGAGAUCCUGGAGAGGAAGCGGGCCAAGCUAGCCGGGGCGGCCGGCGGCGAGCCGGAGCCCCCGGCGGGGGAGCGGCUGGUGGUGGCGGAGAGCCUGGGCCCGCUGCGGGAGAACCCCUUCAUGCGGCUGGAGAGCGAGCGGCGGCGGCUGCGGCAGGGGUUGCCCGGGCAGGGCGCCGGGGCGGCGCGGCCGCUGCAGCAGCUGCUGGAGCUGUACAGCGCCGUGCCCGGCAUCCGCACCAUCCGCGCCGACAACAUCCUCAUCAUCGAGUCCCAGCCCGAUGCCGCCGCCUGCUUCGCCGAGGGGGACGCGCUGCCCGGCCGCCGCCGAGACCCGGCCGCCGCCGGCUCCGACCCGCCGCGGCGCCCCGACCCCCUGCGGGAGCUGCUGGCCCGCCGCGGGGCCGCCCUGGCCGAGAUCCGCGCCGACCAGGUCGUCAUCUACGAGGCGGCCGAGCCGCCGGAGCCUCCCGAGGCGGCCGAGCCGGGCACCGUCAGCCGCCUCCUGGAGAAGUUCGGGCAGCGGCCGCGGGGACGCCGACGCCGCGGCGGGGAGGCGCUGACCGGGCCCGGGCCCGGCGCCGGGCCGGCCGCUCCUCCGCAGGUGGGACCGGGCUCUCCCCUGGCCGGGUCGGCCGCUCCUCCGCCGGUGCCGGGCUCCCCCCGGGCCUCCGCACCGCCCCAGAGGGGACCCGGCUCCCCCCGGGCCUCGGCCCCGAAGGUGGGACCGGCAUCUCCGCCGGCCGCCCCCCAGCCGCUGCCGGCACCCCCUCGGGCUGCCACCCCCCCGGCGGUGCCGGCCGCCCCCCAGCCUGCUGUCCUGCAGCCGGCUCCCCCCCGGCCUGUCACCCCCCAGCCCGCGGCCCCGGCUCCCCCCCGGCCUGUCACCCCCCAGCCCACGGUGCCCCCGGCGGCUCCGGCUCCUCCCCGGCCUGUCACCCCCCCGCCGGCCCCGGCUCCCCCGAGGGCUGUCACCCCCCAGCCUGCAGCCCCAGCUCCCCCCCGGGCCGCAGCCCCCCAGGCGGUGCCGGCCGCCCCCAAGGCCACAGCCCCCCAGGCCAACUGCUUUCUCCACAAGAUCGGCUCCAACUCCUUCACCGUCACCCCCCGGGGGCUGCCCCCCGGCAGCCGCCUCCCAGAGCCCAGCUCCGUCCCCGCCGGCCGCCCCGUGCCGCCCAAGGGGCCGCCAGUGCCAUCCGCGCCACCCGCCAGCGCUUCCCAUGCCAGAGCUAACGCCAGGAGGCCAAAGCCAGAGGAGGCCGAAGUGGCCACGUCCCCCCCACCCAGUGCCAGUCUGGCCCCCAGUGCCACCGGCUUCACUCAGCCGCUCUCUGCCUCUGCUCCCCGGGCCGGGGGCUCCUUCGAAAUCCACCCGGCCCCCAAGCCCGACUUGGCUGCCAUCCCAGCCCACGACCUGCAGGCCCAAGCCCUGGCCAAGCUGCGCCUGAAUUCACGCAAUUCCUUCCUCUUUGUGCCCCGGCGGGAGGGCGGCCCGGUUCUGCCCCCCGCCCAGAGCGCCAGGCCCGGGCCACUGCUGUCCUCGGAGGAGAAGGCACCCAAGGAGCCCCCGAGGGCUUCUGCCCCGGAGCAGGAAGAGCCCGUCUCUUCCCCGCUGGCGCCUCUGGAUCCCUUGGUACCUGUGACUUACAUCGAUGACAUUGUGGAGCCGGAGAGCGGGGAACUUUCCCCCAGGGCCGGCUUGGCCGUGAGGACGGGGAGCUUGGCCGAACAGCCUGGAGGAGCCAGCCCUGACCUGGAGAUGGAGUUUUCCUCUGUGCCCCUCUACAGACCACACUCUGUCUCCCAUCAGAGGGGAGGCAGCACCUUCACUGUCGUGCCCAAAAGCAAGCCUGUUUCCUCGGGGCUGCAGACUCUUACUGAUGCCAGCGGAAGGCCGCAGCGGGAGGAAGAAGAGGAGGAGGAGAGCAAAGGCAAAGCCGUGGAGAACGCCGAUGUGCCCCAAGCGGGGGUGUCCCAUAAAAAGCGCUACCCCACUGUGAACGAGAUCGAAGUGAUCGGGGGAUACCUGUCCCUGGAGAGGUCCUGCAUGAGCAAGACGGGCUCCCGCCGCAAGAAGAUGAAGAUCUCUUUCAAUGAGACGAGUUUGCAGACCAUGUUUGAGUACCCAUCAGAGAGCUCACUGGCAGAAGAAGAGGAGGAGGAAGAGGAAGGACAUGCUUCUGAAACAGAGGAGGACAAGUCUUGCACCUUUUACAUUCCACGUCCAAAUAGCACUUUGCAUCCCAAUACACCUAACUCAGCAGAUUUAUCCAGCUACACCCCAAAGCACUCCGUGAAGUUCAGCGAGUGGCAGGAGCAGAAGUACGAGGAGAUGCCUGCCGCAGAGGGACCCCUCCCAAAGGAAGCUGAUUCCCAUGGGAGCCAAGUCAUGCUCACCCCGGCAGAGAAGGGCGGACUCUCCGAUUUCAGCAGCGAGCCCGCUCUGUAUUUUUGAUCGCUUCAUCUGCAGCCCUGCAGCAGCGGCUGCUGGAGAAAACGUGUCAGUGCACCAUCCGAACGCCCGCGCCAGCACCGCCGAAACCAGCUUCUGGGUCCCUCCCUCACCACAAGUUUUCGUUGGAUCCCGAUGCCAAGGGUGGACUAGACGCUAUCGGGCCUCUUCGGAGAAUAUUUGCACUGGAUUCUGGGACCUAACUACUACUUUUAAGGCGUAUGAUUUAUUCUACCUGUGGCCUUGCAUAUUGCUUGUUCAAGAUCAGCUGCUGAUUAGGCAAAGCAUCUUAAGACCGGAUCUGUAAUGCCGGGUUGGACACAGAUUUUCUCAGUGUUUAUCCGAGUCCACACAGCCAGGCACUGGAUGGGGUCUGGACGCCUUUUGUGACGCUUCUCCCAUCAGAGGCCCCAGUGAGGAACGGUUCUGGAGUUGGAGCGCUGGGAGCCUGUGGGCAGUUAGCUGGAUUCACAGAAGCGGUUGUGAUUUGACAGCUAGAUUGGGUGUCAGUUUGGAAAACCAUUGAAGGCUCAUGGUUUGUGCUCGGCACAUUUCUGGGUCUAGUUUCACUGAACCCUCAUGGAAUUCACGUGCCAGUUACGUUCUUGUGAAGGAAGCUGAACGCACGGUGCGAGGGGUGGGAAGUGGAAUAAAUGCCUUUAGCUUUAGGUGUCAUUUUGCACUGAUCUGUAAAGACGUGUCCAGACUGGCUUGAGCCUCUUAAAGGUUCCCAACCAUUGGCCAUAGCUUUGAUCUGUCCGUACCCAACUCUGGUGUCCAGUCUCUAGUAACUGGUGAUUGUGCUCCAGUUUGCCAGUGCCUCUGGUUGCUUUGUUCCAGCAUCUAACUGGGCCAGGCCCAAGAUUUAUCUGUCUUGGCUGGCGGGGGGGCUUCCUUCUAGCCACGCUUGCUCUGCUCCUCUAGUGCAAAGCACAGGAAGGCGAUUUCACUCCUUUCUUCUGCGGAACUUGAACAAGGAAUAUGUUUUUUUUUUUUUUUUUCUAGGAUUUUUAUAGUUCUAUUGUAAUUGUUUAAUGCAGCCAAUAUGCAAAGGAAUCUGCUAGACUCUUCCAUUUAAGUUUUCUACUACUGUAAACUCAGGGUCAAAAUUGCACUCUGGAAAAGAUGGAACACUGCUGCUAAUGUGAUUUGUACUUCUGGGAUUAAAAGAGAUGCGGUUGGAAUAGAUACGGCCUCUCUGGGCUUUAUGAAAUGAGCGGUACCCCAGCGUGUGGCUCUGUCCAAAGGAACAGGCAGGUAUCUGAUUAAAUUUGAUAGGUUUAUUGGUUGGUCUGUUGUAUAUAGAUGAUGAAUGUCUACUCAAGGUGACACUAGUCUCUAAACUGAAAAUGCCCUGCAUACCUUGCACUUGUUUUAGUGUAUGUUGUAGGAGCAGGAGGAAGGUUGCUAUGCUGAAAAAUAUGGUCAGAAUUAACUGUUAGGACACAGAACCUACUUCCAGCGUUCUCCUCUUCUGCCCUGGGUGCCUAAAUAUUUCUGGAAAGAUAAUGCAAAACGGAUUAAUGAGGUACUCAGCAGCUUGUUAGACGAUGGCUGGAGGGGCCACAAAGGAACACUUUGUGCCUCCCUGCGCUUCUAAGGCUUGUCCUUCUCAGGCUAACUGGAGAUCUGUUCCCUGCCUGACCCCCCGGGAGCCGUACGUACAGGCAGUGCAUCAGCCCGUGGCACGACGCAAGCACCGUGGAACAGCAGUGACUCCCAGGUGCUGAGGCUUCUCCCAUUCAUGAACUACUUCAGGACAAGAUGCUGAGACUGGGGUAGAAUGAGGAAGAAUGCAGGACCGCUAGCGACUGCUAGAUUUGAGGGAUGAGUAAGGUAUCAGAUAUGCGGAGUUAAACACGGAGCAGUGCCCGCAGCCAGUGGCUGUGCCCACAGCCAAACAUCAGGCACUAUGUGUGAAGAAAAGGUUACACGCAGCUUUUUUUCUAGCAGAAAAUGUCUCAGUGAGCAUCUUGCGCUGUGGAAAAGCUCAGGCUGGUUUAAGGCAGCCCUAUUUUGCCGCUUUAAACUGAGCUGAGCCAGUUUCAGAUUUGCAACUUAACAGUAAAGCACAAACCGCUUGCAAUUCAAGUUAGGGAUGAGGUGUCUGAACUAGUCCUGACUUCGUUCUGCCAUGGAUCAAUGAGGAAUUCUAAAGCCACCGCUAUCCUGCACCUUGCUCCCCUCACUUCAGCCAACUGCAGCGCUGCGCUGGGACUCUGCGCGCUGUUCGCAGGGAUGAGCUCGGUGCCUACGAGGUUUCCGGUGAGGAGAGGCUCACCGGGGCUGCGGGAGUGCAGAGUGCUGCUCACUAGGAGCUCGUGGUGCCCUGGUGUGUGCCCACUUCUCCGCUCCUCCUCCCAGUUUGCUUCCUCCACCCUGUAGCUGUGAUUUACACCUCGCCGAGCGCUGCCUUUGCACUUCCCGGCUUUGUGCUCUAAUCCCUGCCUGCUCCGGGUGAACUCCUGGCACGCUCUUGGCAGAGCGAGGUGAACGCUGCUUUGAGGGCAGAAGCACUGGCUGACCAGUCACCUCCAGGGACGUUUUUCGGUAUCACUGUGCUCAAAAUGAAGGGUAUUUUUUUGUAGAUGCCUACCCUGAUCUCUAGCAUUUGAGGAUUAACUUUAGUAGAUCCCUAACUAAUACCAAAGUGCAUCUGAAAGGAAAAUGUACUUCUGCAAAACAAAGACUUUUAUUAAACGUGGCAUCCUUGUACCAGAACAGCAGCUGUCCCAGAACAACAGGCCUUUCCAGGU